AUGGCCUCAAUUGAACGGCAGUUCCGUCACAUCCUUCAGAUCAUGAGAUACGAUGUCCUCACACAAACACCACAUCCACUACAACACAAUCGCAGCCUCGCACGGACGGACAGUCCAAUGCACCAAUUUCAAACCGAGACCGCUGCGGCUCAGCCAUCACCACCAAGACGUACGGCCACGCAAAAUGCAGCCCGCCCACCACGACCACCAGCACGUUUACGAUCUCCACCCCUUGACUUCUCCCAGCGAAGCUCCGUCAAGGUUUCGAUCAUCAAGCUGCCCGAGGGCUCGACCACAUGGGAUUUGUAUAAUCUGCUCAGCUCGUAUGGCAAUAUCUGCCUGAUCGAGCUAUUCACCAGAUCAUCAGGACUAAAUGGCUAUGUCGUCUUCCGCCCUCCUCCACAUCCCACAGACUGGAUCACGAAGGGUAUCAACGUCAAGCAGGGUCGCAACGGCGAAUUCAUCAGACUGGACUUUCGGGUAGAUUCUAACGGCAGUGGUCCACGAUCCGGAAUUCAGACCACAGGGCCACAGCCACCCGUGGAGCAGCUUACGCUGCAGUGUCAAGGAUUCGACGCUGGUAUCAUGCAGUCUGAGAGAUGUCUCGCAAUGCUCUUCUCGUCAGCUUCACCAGCGAGCUCACCAAUUCAGCUCAUUACAAAUGCCGAGCGCAAGAAGCUAGAACUUCACUUCUCCAUCGGAUCCAGUGUGAGCAAUGGGCUCGGUGCUGGUACUUCAGUUGCAUCAAAGUAUAAGAUCGAGAUGGAACUAUCACAGAUCAAGGAUAUCAGUGUCUUCACCGAUCCAGGCAAAGGAGCUACGUUGCUCAUUGAUCUGGCUAUGCCGCCGCUACUUCAUCGUCAGACAUCGGAUAUCAGGGCCACUCAUGAUCCGACAGUCACUCGAUGGAACGAGUUCCAGGCCUGGUUUCGACAAUGCGGGAUCGAUCGACAUGCACAAUCGAGCCAAGCUACGACACAACUGCGUUCCAAGGACCCUUUAUUAGACGUCGGCAGAUGGCUGACUUACUCCAUAUCGCUGGCUACGUCAGUCACAGCAACUCAGGCAUUUUCUGGUUUCGGAAAGAUCGUGCACGACAACAAUGUGAAGGUGAUCAAGGAUUCAAGCGGAGACACUUUCACCACUGUUGCGACACGGGCGAAAGAUAUGUGGUCGUGGGUGCAAAGCACAAAUAGCUCGCUGUCAGCCCUUCAUGCCAUGCUGCAGCCAACGAACGAGCUCGAGUUCGCCGUACGAUAUCAGCUUGAAGUGUGCUUGAGCCAAGGCGUGAUCAAGGAAUGCAAUAUCACAGAGCAGUUCGUGGCACAGCUCUCGGCAGUCAAUCCCAUCAAGGCAGAGAAGCUACUUCAGAAGGUAGCCGACAAGGACGUUCGCAUCUUCGAGCCUAUGCACAUAUUCCGCAUGUUGGGUGAGGUCAGCAUGGAGAAGAAGAAGAUACCAAGCUACUGUGCCAUGAUACCUUCGGCAGUGAUAACGCCUACGACGAUCUACUUCGCCACGCCUGUCAUGGAGACAUCGAACAGAGUCAUUCGGGACAAUCGUGAGAUUCAGGAUCACUUCCUCCGUGUCAAGUUCACAAAUGAGCGCUACAGGGGUAAGAUCAUGAACGCCGAUGAUCCGACCGAGAACGAAGUCUUUCAUCGCAUCCAGCGAACUAUGACCAACGGCAUCAAACUUGGUGAUAGGCAUUACGAGUUCCUUGCCUUCGGCAAUUCUCAGUUUCGCGAGAAUGGUGCGUAUUUCUUUGCUGCCAGCGGCGAUAUCACAGCAGACAGCAUCCGCGCAAAGAUGGGCAACUUCGAGAAGCUGCGGGAUAGAGACAGAAACGUGGCCAAAUAUGCUUCUCGCCUUGGGCAGUGCUUCUCAACGACAAGAGGCAUGUCUGUUGGCGUUGCGAUUCAGAAGAUCGAAGAUGUGUACGGCAGAGAUGGCACUUGCUUUACAGAUGGUGUGGGCAAGCUCUCGGUAUUCCUCGCACAGAUGAUGGCGCAGGAGCUGGGCUUGCCGAACUCUAAUACACACCAUCCUUCUGUGUUUCAAUUUCGCAUCGGUGGCUGUAAGGGUGUUCUGGCUGUCGAUCCAAGCGUCAAGGGCCGUGACAUCGUGAUUCGGCCAAGUCAGGAAAAGUUCCCAGCGAAAUACUUCGGUCUGGAGAUCUGUCGCUGGUCGCAGUUCACGGCUGCGUAUCUCAAUGUCCAGAUCAUCCUGGUACUCAACGCUUUGGGUGUUGAGCCUGACAUCUUCAUUCGCAAGAUGCGGGUUGCCAUCUCUGACAUUGCAGAAGUCCAGAAAAGCGAGACUAAAGCAGUCGAGCAGCUUUGCAGGAAUGUCGACUUCAAUCGCACGACUCUUAUUCUUGCUGAGAUGAUUUACGAUGGGUUCAUGGGCACUCAAGAGCCUUUCAUGGUGUCCUGCCUCAAGCUGUGGCGAUCGUGGAUGAUCAAGUUCUUGAAGGAGAAGGCCAGAAUCUUCGUAGAUCAGGGCGCUUUUGUCUUUGGCUGCACCGAUGAGACGCGGACACUGAAGGGGCACUUCGAUGCCGAGCUGGAGAAGAAUGGUCCUGGCAAGCCGAUCGAUAUCGAAUCGUUGCCGGAUAUAUUCUUGCAGAUCCCAGAUCCCGACAAGAGAGGUAGCUACAAGGUCAUCGAGGGAGUCUGCUCGUUGGCUCGUAACCCAUCGCUGCACCCAGGGGACGUGCGAGUCGUCCGAGCCGUCGACGUUCCAGCUCUCAAUCAUCUGAAAGACUGUGUCGUCUUGCCGCAAACGGGAGAUCGUGGGCUGGCCAACAUGUGCUCGGGUGGAGAUCUCGACGGCGAUGAUUACCUAGUAAUGUGGGAUCCAGAUCUCUUGCCACGCGAGUGGAACCACCCAGCGAUGGACUAUCAGGCUCCCGCGCCUAUCGUCUGCGACAAAGCAGUCACUGUAGAGCACAUCACAUCUUUCUUCGUCACUCACAUGCGCCAUCACAACCUCGGCCGGAUUGCUACAGCACACAAGUACUGGGCUGACAGUCAAGACUGUCCAGAAGGCGUCAAGGAUGAGAAGUGCUUGGAGCUUGCACAGCUGCAUUCCAAAGCCGUGGACUAUGCAAAGACUGGCGUGGCGGCUGAGUUCCCAAAGCGCUUAAUGGUGAAGCGAUGGCCUCACUGGGCAGAGAAGGUCGGCAAGCCGUCGUAUCAUUCCAGUAAAGUGCUUGGGCGUCUGUUCGAUGAGGUGCAACGUGUACCCUUUGUGCCAGACUGGACUGCGCCUUUCGACUCCCGGGUCCUCAACGCUUAUCAGCUAGAGGAGUGCAUGCUCGAGGAGGCCCGGGAUGCAAAGGCACAGUACGAUGAAGCUGUUCGUCGCAUCAUGACUCAGUAUACCAUAACGAGUGAGUUUGAGGUCUGGACAACGUUUGUGCUCAAUCACACCAAUGAAGAGAACGACUACAAGUUCGCCGAGAAGCUUGGCGAGACGGUGACAACACUGAAGCAAGUCCAUCAGGAAGUUUGCUACGAGAAAGCAGGCACGACGAAGACAGACCGCGAAUGGACGAAACUGGCGCCCUUCAUCGCUGCCAUGUACACCGUCACAGCUGAGCAGACAGCCACAGCCAUUGCCAAUGCGACAAAGUCACAGAUGCGCGAUGGGCAACAAGUGCAUACCGUGCAAGCUACCUUCGCCAACAUGCCUUUCAUGUCCUUCCCAUGGAUCUUUGCAAAAGAGCUGGGCUACAUCGCACAGGGUAAAGCACCGGGCUCUGGCUCUAUCGCGCACCCUCUCGUCAGUCUGCCGCCGAGAGCAGCGCAAAAGAAGACUGUGGCGAAUGAUCCAGCCAUCGAAGCAAUGCUUGAACCACUGCCGGAAGUCAGGCUCGGAGAUAGUGUGGUCCAUGAAGGUGACAUGCUUGAAGUCCAUCAGGGCCGCCAGAACUCUGGCACCGAUGUCCCGAUUGUGUCGAGAACGGCUGCGGCCACCGUGCCCGACAGCCUGAAUCUUGAUACCGCAGGAACGAUAGAUCCUCUGACGUCGACAGCGAUUGUACAAGGAGAGGCAGUGCACGUGAAUCCGACCAAUGAUCAUGCAGGGACAUCUGAGUCAAGAGUCCGAGACUUAAGGCUUCUCGAAGAAAAUGUACCUCCGUUAGCAGCUACGGUGGCAUCUCAGCGCGUUGGUGAGCAGACGAGUAUGGAAGAAGCGCCUGUCUCACACAGUACAAGCGAGAGCAAGGACGGAGAAGACGAAGAUGAGUGGGAGAAUGGUGAAGUGGUCACCUUGGGCGAUGAACAGAGGAUAUCUGACCUCGAUGCCUUGAGCAAGCUUAUCGGGAUGUAA